AGGCCUUAAAUACCCACACUCUCAGCCCCCGGGCCUCGCAAAGCCCCUCAUUUUUGGCAGAAAUCACAAUGUCGACCAGCCGCAAAUUAAAGAGCCAUGGCAUGAGGAGGGGCAAGACCCGCUCUCCGCACAAGGGAGUCAAGAGAGGUGGCAGCAAAAGAAAAUACCGGAAGGGCAGCAUGAAGAGUAGGAAACGGAGCGAUGAUGCCAAUCGCAAUUACCGCUCUCACUUGUGAAUUCGCCAGCAGGCUCUGUCCUGGUGGGCUCCAAACAGCACCAGGCAGCGAUGUGGCAACAGAAGGGGAACUGCCAAUGAGGCCGGAAGUUAGAUCAAAGCCAAAGAGCCGCCUAUGGAGUGUGGAUAAAAUGACAAUCGUGACAAAAUGAGGAAUGUAUAUGUUGGCUGUUUCUCCCCAAUAACUCAAUAAAAUUUUGAAAACUGAAAA